AUGAUAAAUCUCUCCACAUCGGCCACGGCACAUGCAUACGCGUAUCGUUCAAGCGGAAGCGGAACGGUGUUAGGCAGCAAUGUGCCUAAUAGUCGCCGUAUGCGUACUUUACGGCUCGUUGACAGUGCUACAAUUGGAGACAGUGCUAUACAAACGGUCGAUGAUCUGGAUAAGAUCAGUCAAGGAUAUGGCAGUAUUAAUGGUUUUCGACACAAUCGGUUUCAAUACGAAAUACCCACCGUCGGUCAGCACUAUGGAAAUGCCUUUCAUUUGGCUGAAGACGACGAGGAAGUGCGCGAGUUUAUCGUCGAGCGUCAUCACUAUGGCGCUGAUGUGCACAACCUCAUGGAGGAACACAUUGUUGACGAUGAUGAUGAGGACGAAGAUUUUGAAAUGUCCACUGCAGUGGAGGUGAUAUCGAUAGAUCCAAAUUGUAAUUACGAUACGGAAGAGGAGGACGAUGAUAUGGAAGAAGAUGUUAAGUAUGAGCACGAAACGGAAAAUGAAGAAAUUCAAGAGUGCGAAAAUCGUGAAGAUUUUGAUGAAUCGCAGAAAGAUUCAAACCUGCCACAAAGGAGUACAGCGCAGAAUGUCGCUCGUAAUGUGACGCUUUCAAUUGAUGUGGCAAACGCUACGAUAGGAUGCUCGAGUGAGGUGAAUGAAAUGUGCAGUGAUUACGUUGCCGGCAUCCAUUGUCAAAUGAAAGACGAACUGGUCGAAGCUACAGAUCGCAGUAGAAGCAGAACUAGUAGCAACACUGACAGCAGUUCCACUAGCAAUUCUAGUCGUGAUAGCAGCACCAGCAGCAGCAGCAGCACAACCACAUACAGCCAGGAUAAAGCCUUUAAUAAGGAUAACAGUAAGGAGUUAUCUUUUGUCUCCUCCAACCGGCAAGCAGAAGAGCAAGACGUAGCGCUGCACCAAUAUCACCAACACUCGUAUCAUUCCGAAGAUGACGAAGAGGACACAGAGGAGGACGAAGAUGACGAUGAUGAUCAGGAUUUAGAUUUUAGUCCCACUAAAAACACGCUUUGGGAGCUUCCGGCUAAAUUGUUACAGGAUAAGUCAGGGUCGAAAAAAUCUAAGGCACGACCACACGGGCGUCGGAAACGUUGUUCCUCUGGCCAACGUCAAUCAUUCUCGAUGCCUCAUUCUCCGGUUGGUGCCGGGAAGAUUGAUAGUGGAGGUGUGAUCGGUGGUUUGCUACCGACAAGCCUAAGUUUUGACGAUCUCGAUUCGCUUGUAUGCGAUUUAAGCCCAAUGAAAAAUAUACCUAUGGAUAAGGCUUCCACUAAUGGUAUUGAGGAUGAGGACAUGCUAGUCGAUCCGCUGGUAGAUGCAGCAAAUUUCGACCUGACCGCAUACAUCACGGGGGAUGAUACGAUAGCUAGUGAGAAUAAUUCAAAACGAUCAGGAAGUUGGAGCAGAUAUCAAAGUAAUGCAUCCACACAGCGAGUUGUUGAAUCAGUGCAAUCCCCCGUUCCAAAGUCGCGCGGCAAAGAACUAAAGGUGCUCCGUCAGCAUAUGCUUUCUCGAGAGCAUCAGCAUACAAUCGUCGAACCAAAUACAUCCGGAGAUAAGGAACUGAUUUCGAGCGGAAAACGGGGCUGCGCAGCGAAAGCGGUCCGGAAGCUAAGGAUGGACGAUGAAAGUAGUGAGGAGGAUGAUGAACAUAUAGCUAUAGAACAAGCUAAUAAUAAAAGCACUGAUUAUCGUAACGAGAUGAGAAGCGUAAGAAAAGUCACUAAAAGAAAAGUAGCAGAUGAUACCGAUAAAGAUCCUACGUGGAAUCCAAACGGUGGUGGUAGUAGCAGUAAAUCAAAGCCUGAAACUAAAUUAUCAAAUCAAAAACAACCAACAACGAACUGUGCAACUAUUUCGGUUGCGGUAGGAAUGGCUGCUAACGUUUCCGCUUCUAAUGCUACGAAUAAGCAUCCCGCUGGUAGCAGUCAGUGCAAUAACAGCGAAGAGAGAGAAAAGGUUUCGUCGAAACCUCCUGCAAUGGUUAAGAAGGGGGCGAAGUUUGGACAAGUGAUAAAGACUGAACCGUCUACCACAAAGGCCCAAGUUUUAGGUUUGUCCAAAAAAUCUCACCUCAAUACUACCCAAAAAUCUAUCUCUACUAAAGUAGAGGGGCGCGAACAUCCAGUCCAUACUAAUGUCCAUCGUAAAAAGACAAAUGUGAAAUUAGAUCACGAUUAUUGUUCGCCCAAACGAAGUACGCUCAUGCAUUCGGCGACGGCAAGCAAUAGUCCUGGCUCUCUGUGUGCUACUAGCAGUCAACAGCGCAAAACCAUUGAGAUUCCAUUUCUACUACCAACGAAAGAGCAACUACGUCAGGAGCGCAAAUUACAGAAGGAAAAGAAACGCUCCGAGCAACUGUUGGCCACGAAAAAACAUCUCGCCCAAUCAGACGUAAGUCCAGCGCCAUCUGAUAAUGGCAACGAUAAGAAGAUCCAGCAGUGUCAAAGCUUCAACGUUAAUGGGAGCGGUAGUGUUGUGAGUAACGCUCAAAAAAUAGGAACGUCUCUCGGUGGUCCGCUAUCCAAUGUCGAGCACUCGCCGUCGACUUUCGAAAGGAAACGAACUGAUGUAAAUAAGACCGCUACCGGUUGCAACGGCAGUGUUGGCGGUAGUGUUAAUGACGUGCGCGUAGUGGAGGUAAAGAAGGGUGUGCUUCCUAAUGUCGCUGGUGGUAGUGUUAAACGACAGAUUUCACUUCUGAAGAUAAAUCAACCCACAGCCGCAGCACUUACGAUACCCUCCGAAAGUCAUGUGAGCAUCAGUGCACAGGUGAAAAUUGAUGAUGCGAUAAGCACUACAGCAACACUGAAUGAAAAACCAAAUCAACAUUGUGUUGACACCGGGAAGCAUAGUCAGGAAGGUGUCGCUAACCGGGAUGUCAGUUCGACGACGCUUGAGGAAGAGUCUAGCAGUAAACACGAAGUGGUAGUGCGUAAAAAGCUUAAUCUACAAGAGUACAAAAAGCGUCGUGAACAUCCAGAGUCUGUGCCGGAAGCCCAUCCGAGGGCAACCAAUGGCAUCCAUGAGCAAAAAAUGAACGAAAAAAGAAGUAAUGGUAGUUCCGUAAGCUGUACAAACGGGUAUAGUAAUAGUAAGGCAACCGUGUUAAAUAAUGUGGUGAUACCUAAAACAGAGCAAAUAAUUGCCAAACCCGACACACUAUCAAUGCAGAGUAGCAAAUCAGUGGUAACGAUAACGGAACCGCUGGAUCCUAUUUCUGCUGCCAAGAUGAAAGCUUUGCGCAUGCAGCAAUUGAAGAAGGAGGCGGCUAUCAAAUCGAACGAAGUGAAACUCAGUCAAAAAACGAUCCCUCUCAUGCCGAUUCUACCAUUGGCACAGAUCACCUCUCUCGAGUUCGACGAGCACGGCAAUCCGUUACCGUUGGACGAAGCAAAAGUAAGGCAACGUGCGGAGGAAGACGGUGUUCAAGAUGCAUUAAAAAUGCAUCCGGAUUAUGAGGAAAUCAUAAUCGUUUCGAUCGGGUGCAAUACGUCCCUCACGAUAACACCUACGGAGAAAGAUAUGCAAACAGCGACGGAUCAAGUGUUGGCCAAUUCAGACCAGCAUGAUCGACGUCUCCAACAGGACAAUUCGAAGCACACUUUCGGUUCUGAAAAAGAAGCCUCAAGGUUGUUGGACAUAUCGGACACCAUCAAGCGGUGCUGCCCAUCGGUCGACACAAUGCCGGGCAGUUCGUUAAUAGCGAGCAUACAGGAGGUGAUGAUAAAAAAAUCAAACAUCACCACCGCCAUACAAGGAACAUUAGCUGUUACGACACCCGCCGCAUCGCAAACCGUGCCAGUCGGUGCGGAAGCAUCGAUAGCGGAGGGUGCAGUUACAUUGAAAGUCGAUACAAUGCCGAAUGCAGGUGCUGCUGUAAAUAACGCUGUUGGAGGAGGAGUGGUGCGUGAUCAUCAGUAUGUUUUGCAUCAGAGCUCUCCGUACGUAGGCGUAUCUCCACCGAGUUCCUUCUCCCCGGGGAAACCGGAACGGGCACACACAACAAACACACGAACGGUGACUGGCAAUACGAUGCACAGUUCGAGCAAACAAACUCGAACCUCAAAAACACCCGUCGGUGGAACGCAGACGCAUUCUUUCACUGGGUCUGUAGCGACGCAAACAGAUACAAAUGUCACACCGGUGGUAGAACACGGCGAAGACAAAGUAAUCAUGCAUUUGCGGAAAGAUCGCGUUCGUGCACAGCGCAUUGAAGCAGCGACACAAACCGAAUCGUGCGGUCGGUUUCCUCCGCUGUGCAAACUUUCUCCUCCGCGAGUGUCAACGGUUGAGCAGAUACAGAGCGGUGACAACAGUCAGAAUUCCGCUGUUGCUAGACAACGUGAGCAACAGAAGCGCACCCAGCGGCGUUCGUACCGCCGGCAUUCUCGCCGAAACGGUAGCGAAUCGCCAUCCGGUGCCGAUUCGGAUGCAGUGGAUCGCCCGUCAAGUCGAGCGAAAUCUUAUCAGGAUAGGCAGAGGGCGCGGGAUCGUCAUAGCCAUAGUCAUAGCCGUAGCCGCAGUCGACAUCGUUCCUCGCGACGUCGAUCUUCGUGUUCGUCUGGUUCACGUUCGCGUUCCCUAAGUGGUUACUCUCGUGUGCAUCACAACCGUCAUAGCCAACAGCAGAGCGGCUUCAACGGCACCAACAACACUAGCGGGUGCAACAACACUAGCCGUUAUUCGCGCAGUCGUCGAAAAUCGCGCACGUGCUCGAGGUCAUCCUCAUCGACGUCAUCGUCCCGGUACGGUAGUCGUGGUCGUCGAUCACUUUCCUCCUCCUCAUCGACCAGUUCGAUGUCGUCCUCCGGGGCAUCUGACAGUGGGCAUGGUGCGGUGCAUUCUUCGCGCAGCCGAUCACGUUCACCCCGGUCUCGUUCCCGUUCGGGUAUGCGUUCGAGCACACCCGAUCGCCGUCGAUAUCACUCGCGAGAGCAGCUCAACCACCGUAGAGCGAUCUCACCAGAACGCAAAAUUGUGUACGUCGGACGGCUAGAGAGCACCACACGCAAAGAAGAUUUGCAACAGAAGUUCCAACCUUACGGUAAAAUCGUUAAAAUUACUAUGCACCUCAAGGCCAACGGCUCUCGGUAUGGAUUUGUGACGUUCGAAAAACCACAGCAUGCGUACGAUGCAAUCGAUGCUUGCGGAACUGAUCCAAGCCUGCGAAACUACGAUGUCAGCUUUGGUGGACGCCGAGCGUUCUGUCGCACGCAGUAUGCGGAUUUGGACGGCGAAGUGUCCAACGAUCACGACCAGCAGAUGCCAUACGUAACGCUCGAUGGAUCAUUGUUGCUUCAGUCCAGGGGACCGAUACAGUACACUGGCCCUGCCGUAUGCAACAAAGAACCCGCAUACGGAGGCGGGGCGCUUGCUGGUGGUAGUAUGGCGGAAAGUUUUGAUGAUUUGCUGAAGCAGUUCAAGAAGGAGAUAUGUGCACGGAAAACAUGACCUCGCUGCUGCUGGUUAGACAGAAAGAAGUCAGGUUGGCAGUGGUGUGAAGAAUUAUUAAUCAAAAAGGAGGAAAAUACUGUGACGGAUCGGCAAAAACAAACUGCCAUAUGGCAUGAUUGGUCCUUCCACCACUACAACCAGCAAGGGUUUCGCAGAGUUGAAGUCGAAGUAUUGUUAGGAUCCGUUUUCCUCUAUAUUAAUUCUACCUCACGUUUCACAACAAUUAGAUGUUUGGUUUGAUGUGGCAGAAUAGUGUGAUACGAUACCCGGCACGGACGACAAGAAGAUGGGUGUGCAAAAGAGAUUCAGUAAUUCAGUAGUCUCUGCUCCCCGCAUUAGAUGCUACAUGCGAGGCAGACAUUUUCUCACCGAGCGAGCAGCAAGUGAAAUAAUUGGAAAGGCAAAAACCAUUAGGCUGACUAAAAAACAAAUGAAAAUAUCUGUGAUUGUUUCAGUGGAAAUCGUGUCGUCGUGUUCUGUGAGUUAAUAUUAUGUCGGCGGCUGCUCUGAAAUGAAAUGAAGGUACUAGGUUUACAACCACUUGUAAAACACACCCCACACGGGUAUGGACGUCACAGUAGUUCUACUUAAACUAUCUCUCUAUUGUUCAAACGUGAACCGUGCGCGUUUGUUUGAGUGUGUCCCAUGUAACUGAUCAAGCGCAAAUGUUUUGAUAUUGAUUUUUCGGUUGUGUCACUGCCAAUACGCUCUCAUCCCUUCUGCAAACCCUUCCUUCUCCUUACAAUGACCCGGAUACGGACGGAAGUAUUCAGUUGUCCAGAUAUGCGGAGCGAGCGGUUAGGAUACUGAUUUCGGUUGAAGGGCAAAGAUGGGAGGGUCUGUAAAGCAAACGAUUGAACCUUUUCUCGCUUUUAUACUUAAUCUUUAGUAGGGAGCGUUGAAAAACAAACGCAUAUUAGUCUCUUCAAGAAAAGGUAUGAAUUGUGUACUCCUUUCCUUUCUAUGAUUUUAUUUGCACAAACAGCUAGCAUCCAGUAACGAACAGCGCUAAUGUUGGUAGUCUUUUAUUUUAUUAUUUCCAAACAAUGUUUUCUCUACUACGUUUCGGUUGAGAUGCGCGUAAAGACAAUAUGGUUAGGCAUUUUAAAAAAUUACAUUUAAUAUUUUCCUUGUGAAAAAACCAUCAUUAUUGUGUACAGAGCCAGAAGCAGCAGUCGGUAAGGAUGAUGAACGAAUAAAAAGAUUAGGUUGUUUCCUUUUU